AUGGCACCAAAAGAUUCAAAUGACUGCGUAGUCACAGUUACAAUUGAGAUGGGCCACCAGGCAAAUUUCUUGAAGGAACCAUCUCCAGAAGGCUUCACCCAUGACUGGACAGUGUUUGUUCGAGGAUUUGAGGGGAGUCGGCUAGAAUAUUUUGUGGAGAAAGUUGUGUUCAAACUGCACAAGACUUUCAAAUCUCCAGUGAGAGUCAUAACUGAGCCACCUUUUCGAGUAACAGAAUCUGGAUAUGCAGGGUUUAUUUUGCCUAUUGAAAUACACUUUAAGAACAAGCAGACUCCGAGAAAAAUCGUAUUUUCGUAUGAUCUGUUUCUGAAUGCAAAGGACAGCCCUCCGAUAAACAAUGUUCGUUAUGAGAAGUUAAAGUUUCAAAACCCGACACCAGAAUUCAAGGCAAAACUGAUUAAAGCUGGCGGGAUUGAACAAGUUCCAGAUCCAUCAAGUGAACUGUUUGGUUCUCCAGUCAGAUCUGAGAAAAAGGCAUUACCAAAAACACCAAAAGAUAAAGAGAAGGACAAGGAGAAAGUGAAGAAGAAAAAGAAAAAAUCAAGUUCAGAGUUCAAAUCUGCAUCACCAGCUCCAUCUUUGUCGUCACUGUCACCAAUGUCCUCUGAUAAUGAUGAUAGUCAUACUACUCCGCCACCACCUCCUACACCAGUUAAAAAAGAAAAGGAGAGCUCUUCUGGGAAGAAGGAGAGUUCAUCAUCAUCACAGCCAAAACAAGAUUCUUCUUCAUCACACAAGGACAGGUCAAAGCAUAGAAGCAGCUCCUCACAUUCUUCCCACAGAGAGAGGCCAGACAAAGAAACUUCACACAAAUCUCACAAGCACAAAGACAAGACGAAAGAAAGGGAUAGAAGCAGCUCACAUAAAGACAAAGAUGCUGUAAAGAAAGAUAAAGUGGUAGAUUCCCAAAAGGUUGUUAAAGAAAAUUUGGAAUCCAGAAAGGAAAGAGAGGGCUCACAUUCUUCUGGGAAAAGUUCCACGUCGUCUUCUCAAGUUGAUAACAAAGUUGCAGCACAGGUAUCUCAUAAAGAAAGGGAGAAAAAUGUGCCAAGCAAGGACAAAGACACAACAAGAUCCUCAAAGGAAAAACUUCAUAGUUCCAGCAAAGAGAAAGAGAAAUUACCCAAGGAAAAGCAUUCCUCCCAUAAAGAUGUUUCUAAUACUUCACAUUCAGAACCUAAAAAGGUAAAAGAAGAUAUAAAUAAAGAAAAGAUAUCUAAAGACAUUGAUGAGCAUCAUAAAAGCCACAGGAGACCAGUGGAAUCAGCAGAUGAUGUUGAUAAAAAAAAACUUAAGAGAAGUUCCUCUGUUGCCAGUACAGAUGAGAAAUCUCUGAAAGUAAAGAGCAGUUCUGGAAAAGAGAAACAUGUUUCGAGAGAUAAUAAAGAAAAGGAAUCAUCGAAAGAAGUUAAAGAAUCAAAACCAUCAUAUUCGGAUAAAAGCAAGCAUGAGAAAAGUCAUCAUCCAGAAAAACAAAGACACAGUCACUCUUCAGAGACAAAGCAGAAGGAAUCCUCAGCAAAACGCUCAGGAACUCCUCAAAAACAAGAGAUCGUUGGUAAAUCGGAGAGUUUCACUCAUUCAGAGAGGCUGGCUAUGACUGCAAACUUUCAACCACAGCUAUUGUUGUCACCACUCAAAAGUAAAUCAGAUGAGGAAGAAAGCCCAGUUGCAUCACCUCUUCCUGUGGACAAAACUGAGCUGAAGAGCUCCCCACUCCACUCAAGUCCUGACAGCCCAUCUUCUGCUGUUUCUUGUGAAGACAAGUCAGACCAUGAAAUACCAGAUCCUCAAGAAGAUGAGGACAAGCACAUCGUCUCUGGUCUCACAGACAGUGACAGUGAUUCAGAAGAAGAAGCUCCUUUUGUGAAAUCUCAGCAGAAAGAUCUGAAAUCAAUCUUGAACAAACAGUCCCAGCAGACCACUGAAGUAAAUAAAAGUUCUUCGCAAAAGAUAGUUAGGAGAGGGUCAGCGGAAGAGAAACAAAAGAAAGCAGAAUAUGAGCCCAGUGAGGAAAAAAAGUUCAGCACAUCAGAAAAGAAAGCAAAUGUCUCAGAACCUGUCAAGACAAAAAGUGUAGAGCGGAAGGUAGAAUAUCCUGACUCUGAGGUAGAACACGUUAAUACAGCUAACAGUACUGACAGUCAGAAUUGUAAUGGACUGGAUAUUUUGGCACCAAAUGGCAUUUCUAUUGGAGAUCUGAUUGCUGUCAAUGAACAGAUUGAAAAAGCACAGAUAGAUUCCAACUAUGAACUGCUAGAGAGAGUUGCAGAAAUCAUUGGGGAAACUGAUGAUUUUGAUAUCGGUGAUGUAUCUCUCUCGUUUGACAUUUGCAGUGUGGAUAAAGCUGUUGUCCUGCAGAUUCAGGCUUUGUUACGUGAGUACUAA